UAUUAGAUUAUGCUAGAGUGUACUAAUUGGCACAUCUUUGCUAUCAGAAUGCCGCCUAAGAGAGGACGCCCUGCGAGAAACAAUAACAAUCGCAGAAACCGUAACGCUGUACCCGAAGAACCACAAAAUGCUCGAGGACAUAACCCAUCCCCUCCGCCUCCGACUAGGAGAGUCGAAGAACUCUUUUUAAGGCAAAAUCCACCUACGUUUGACGGAACGAGUGAACCGGCUGAAGCUGAGAUUUGGGUGCGUGCAAUGGAACGCAUUUUCAACUUUCUACGCUGUACUGAUGAGGAGCGCCUAUCUUGCGUCUCUUUCCAACUAACAGGAUCAGCGGAUUUCUGGUGGGAAGCACGACGAAAAAUUCUGACACCUGAACAAUGGGCAAGUUAUACUUGGAAAGAUUUUAAGACAGGAUUAUAUGAUAAAUAUAUUCCGAAAAGCUAUAGGAAGAAGAAAGAAGCUGAGUUCUACGAGUUGAAGCAAGGAAAGAAAUCCGUGGUUGAAUACGACAAGGAAUUCUGCAACCUGUCGAGGUUUGCUCCACAACAAGUGGACACAGAGGAGAAGAUGGCAGAGAAAUUUUGUGCCGGACUACGGUACGAAAUUAAGAUGGCUCUAGCAAGCCACGGAGGACUCUCAUAUACGGAGUCUCUGAACAGGGCACUUGACAUUGAAGCCGCAAUGCCGUCAGACAAGUCAGCCCCACCAUUGAUCUCAACGCCAAACGAUCUACCAGGAGCCUCACAUACUCUCAAAGGGAAGCGCAAGUGGAACAACAACGAAGACAAUAUCAAUCAGACUAGUAAGAAAGUGUGGCAAGAAAAGGAACGGGCCGAACAGUUUAUUCAACCAAGGUAUGAGGCACAGACUAAUCUCGAGCCAACUGGAGGUAACCAAGGUCAGAAAGGAAUUUCACCUUGCCCAAAUUGCGGUAAGAUGCAUAGGGGUAUCUGUCGGGCUGGAACUAACGGUUGUUACAAUUGUGGCCAAAAAGGUCACUACUCCACGCAAUGCCCCAACAGACAACGAGGUUCAACAAUUGAGAACAACCACACCUCUUUGCCAGCAAUACGCGGACACUUGCGAAAUCAGCCUCAAUCACAUCAGUAAAAAUCUUAUGGAGACACCGCAGACAAGAGAAGCUACGCGGGAAUUUGAAGACAAGAUGAAGGAAAAAUAUCCCGAACUAUUUUAACAGAGAUAUGCAAAUUUCGGGACGAAAUUUUUGUUAAGAGGGGUAGUAUGUAGUAGCCCGCUCUUUUAAUUAUGAUUAAAACUAGUAAAUGCAAUUUUUAUAAAUGAAUCCAGUUUAUGCUGUUUGUGAUUAGUAUAGCACCAACAGGUUUUAAUGUGCUUUAUAUCGUAUGUACUUAUGUGAUAUAUUUAUGUGUAUGAACAUCAUGAAGAUUAUUGACUAUGAUAAAUCAUGUGUACGUCUAUUCAAUAUAUACAAUUAAGUGUCAUAAAUCAUAGUGAUGAUGUGUGUAUAUGUGUAAUAUAAUAACUCUACAUUAUUGAUGUGCUAAUAGAUAAAGCAAAAUCAAAGUUUAGAUAAGUUAUUUUUUUCAUCUUUUGCUAAUGAUGUACACGUCUCUCUCCACCAACUCUUACUUUUUCCAACUCCACCACCCUUUGCUCCACCAACUAUCAGCCACCACUCCACCAUCAUUUGCUUUCCACCCAACAAAUGCAAUGCUUGGCUUCAAUGCUUUCUUCUUCUUUGAUUAAGUUCACCUGAAAUAAAACAAGAACCAUCGUUCAUUACAGUUAAUCUCCUAUUAAAACCAAUCUACUAUAGCAAACAGUACAGCAACUAAGCCAAAUAACUUCAAGUUUCUAUCCACUGAUUCAAUCACACAGCAGCCACCCAAGCACAAGGAUCCACAGGUAAAUACUAAGCACUAUUAUUUCGAAUCCAGUACGCAUAUCAUCCAACAAGCAUGAAGUGAAUAGCAUAAUCAGUUCCAGAUGAUAUAAGACUCUCAUAAGCAUGAUAGACAUAACAGACGCGGGCUUUAUCAUGUAGAACACCAACCACUGUUGUGAACAAGUGACAGUUCAUAUGAAAUUUUAAACGAGCAUAAUUUGAGAUGUAAGCAAAACAAGAAAAUUACACCUUAUCUUUGCCUAUUUCACGUUAAGAACCGAUAGAAAAAGGAGCGAGAUUAUUUUUGACUUAGCUUUAGAAGGGAGCGGGCUGCUGCCCUGCUCUGAUUUGAGGAGACGACUCGACGACGGAGUUUCCAUCAACAUCGGAAUGGGAGAAUCGCCGCUGCAGCAAGUUUUCCCCUCAACUCGCCGAUUCUGGAUGGAAGCAGGGGCGGCAUACCUUCAUCAAAACCAGCAGCAGCGUGGCUGAACCGAAGGCGAGAACGACCAGCAGUGACUGAUUCGCCGGAUCCCGGAGCCGCGGCGGCGGACUCCUCGGCUGAGGACGGAUCGAGAGAAAGAGAUGGCUGCGGUGCGUGAGUUGAUGCGAAAGAGAGAGAAGAGGUGGAAGAAGCAGACGAUCCCUGGAUUCCGAGCGGCGGCUGCUCGCCGGCGGUUGGGACGGCCAGAGCAGCGGCAGACGAAGCCCUCGGCGGCCUGACGAGCAGCGGACGCCGCUGCGAGUGAAGCGGCACGGUGUAUCUCGCCGGCCUUCUAGUUGCAGUGGCGGCAGUCUUCGUUUCUCUGGAAGAACUAGGGCUUGGUUCUAGCCCCAUCAUCCGUGCGCUCUAGCGACUGAUCGAGACUCGAGAGGGAGAGCUGAGGUGGUGAUUUCUGAAUUGAGAGAAACUAGGGCACGAUUUUGGGGACUUUGCGCUGAGGAGAGAGAACGGCGGUGAGGUUGGACGCCGGUCGGAGAAGAGGCGGCGGCUGAAGUCUCGACUGAUUUUGAGAGAGACCGCGAUUGAUUUUUGAAGAAGAGGGAGAGAAGUCUCGACUGGUUUGAGAGAGAAGGAGGAAUCGGCUCCUUGAGAAAGAGAGAAGCCGAGAAUUGAGAGAGAGAGAAAUAGUAUGGGUUGUGUUUUAUUUGGGCCAUUCCCUUAUGUGAU